GUUUGCAGAACAGACGGAGACGUACGUGCUGGACAACACGGCUGCUGACAGGGGUCAAAGUACACCAUGGACAGUGGCCUAAGGGUCCUCCUGUCCACUGUGCUGUGUCUCAGCCAGUCUCUGCUCAUCAGCUGCUCAUCUCAGUACCCAUCCUUUAGCUAUGAGCCUGCCUCCUUGGUUCAGAGUCGAGGCUCCGUAGCUCGUCUGCACUGCUCAGUAAAUCCUCCGUCAGCCACGGUAUCCUGGCGCUUCAGAGGCCGUCCCCUGGAUCAGGACACCCUGGCUGAUGUGGAGCUCAAUGGAGGCUCCCUCACCAUACCCUUCCUUAAGCCAAGCCACGCUGGCAUCUAUCAGUGUGUGGCACGCUUCGACCACGGGCCGGCCAUCGCCAGUCGCCUCGCGCGUGUUGACAUAGCAGAAAUAUCAGAAUAUGAAGCUGGCAGACGACGGUCGUUAUCAGUGCAGGAAGGCAGCACGGUUCUCAUAGAGUGUCCUUUACCGCACAGCGUCCCUGCAGCACGCCCCAGACUGAAAGUUCAAGGAGAGUGGAUGGAAGCGUCAACAGGUAUUUAUUUAGUUCUUCCAUCUGGAAACCUUCAGAUUAUCUCCGCUUCAGUCCAGCACCAGGGGAUGUACAAAUGUGGUGCAUUAAACCCUGUCACCGGGGAAACCGUCUUGCAGCCUCAUGGUACCAAGUUAUCAGUGAAACAUGUAGACACCCCCUCCUCCUCAGUGCAGAUAGUUUACCCCACUGCCCCUAUGACGGUUGUGGUGGAGCAGUCGCAGCCUCUGACACUGGAGUGUGUCGUGUCUGGUCGUCCUGCACGGGCAGCCAAAUGGUUCAAGAAUGGUAAGGAGGUCACACCGGGUCCUCAUCGCCAACAACAGCACAACAACCUGGCAUUUGUGAUGGUGACGAGGAGCGACGAAGGGAGGUACACCUGCGUUGCUGAGAGCGAGCAGGGGAACGUGGUCAGCGCCAACUACACUGUGAAUGUCCUUGAGCCUGUGUCUGUCGUCAAGGGUCUGACAGACCAGCUUGUCUCUCCUGGCUCCAAUGCUUAUUUUACCUGCACGGCGAAGGGAAACCCCUCUCCAAACAUCACCUGGCUGUUCAACGCUGAUCCCAUCAUGCCAUCACGCCACUUUCAGAUCUCUGGAUCCUCACUCGUUAUUACAGACGUGACACCACAGGAUGUAGGCGUUUUCCAGUGUCUGUUGGACAACGGGAUCGGGUCGGCACAGUCACACGGAAUGCUUACAACACAAUCAG